AUGAGUGGCCAUGGCAGGCAUGACGAGAUGUUCCUCAAGCAGCCCGCCGAGGACUGCGACAGCCCAACUAUCGAGCCACUGAGGAUCUAUAAACCACAGAGCCCAGUUCCUGCCGCCGACCGCUAUAGAUACCCUACGCCUUCGGCUUCAAAGCCAACCUUUCCAUUACCGCCAGGCGCGUCGAGCUCCGCUGCGCCUCUCCCGUAUCCAGAAGACGAGGAUUUGCGCCCAAGCAAGCCAGUCGUCUCGACUCGACCUUCAUACGGCGAUGAUGGUCGCCGACCCUCGGGAAACAGGGUUUACUCAAGCCCGACUCAUUCGGCAGGCUCUGGCAGUUUCAACGACACGACGCCGAGGCUAGACACAAGCCCCAUUGACAAGAAAGGUCCUGGCCUGGCUGAGAGGCGCGGUACUGCGCCCAGGCCUUUGCCAGGAGCACUGAGUCCUCCCACAAGUCCCUUGGCCGACGACGGGGAGCUGUUCGCCAAACCUCUAGGAGCUCAGCACAAACCUGCUGCGGCUUCGUCAGUCAACUUUCCCGAUUACCACAAUAAGCCGUACUAUCCUCCGCCGAGGGUUAACUCGGCCAGCCCAAGCACAAGCGCGAGCCAGUAUGCUAGACCGCAAGUGGCAGAUAGCGACUUGUUGCAGAUGCCGAGUAGUGGUGUAAGCAGAUUUGCUUCGACGGCCUCGGUGUCUACUACAAAGGCAAGCCGGGGGUCCCCGCCUCCGCCAGAGACUCCGAUCAUAGAGCCAGGUCAGAUCCCGGGCGGGGAUAUUGAAGCAAGAUUUGCGGCCUCGGGCAUAUCAGGAACUGCAACAUUGAACAGCCUGCAGAGCUCUGCUGCCGCGCAGAGAUUGGCCCAAUACAACCAACAACGCCCUCCUGCUCAGUCUGGGCCUGCUCGCCCGUGGACACCGACCGAGACUCCAGAGCAACAGCCCCAUGGCCCGCCAACUGUGUAUCAGGGUGUAACACCUGUCAGUGAGCCUCAACAAUCCAACAGCAACAACCAGACUCGUCCAUCUACUUCUUCGAGCUCUGGCGCGUUACAGGAAAGCGUGCUCGAACAAGACUUUCGGCGGAUGCAAAUGUCUGAUCCGCCGCCUGCAUAUUCUAGCAUAAGCUCUGGUGGAAACUCGGGCUACCCAGCCGAGAAACAAAGACCCACAGCUGCUCAAGCGAGUUCGACCAGUUCAACCCCAGCGCAGGCAUCGCAGUCAGUGUCCUCGCCACCCAAGAAGCAGGCGGAUCCGGUGGCAGCUGGUCUAGCAUCCCCAGCUCUGCAGCAUCCAGGACACCCUGCCUUUGCCAAUGAUCCGAGACCAGAGCCCGCCGCUAGUGCUUCUUCAUCGUCCAAGCCUGAGCAGACGACGCCGUCGCCUUUCUCUGGUCAAGUUCCCAGUUCCCCGCCUCCACUGCCUGAGGGUUGGAUUGCCCAUCUCGACCAGAACUCGGGACAGUAUUACUAUAUCCACUUGGCUACUCAAGCUACACAAUGGGAGUUUCCCAAGGGACCAAAUCCCAUUCACCAUGAUGUGGCACCUCUGUCUCCUACGGCCUCUACAUAUGGAAACCCUUUGGCUUCUCCAAUGUUUGGCGGAAAGCAGACUGGAAUGGCCUCGCCAAUGUUCCCUCCACAGACUCCUGGUUAUGCAGAAAGCAUCAUGAGCGUGGCUGCUUCGGCCGCUCCCACAGCUGGUUUCACUGGCCCUCCACCCAGUGCCGGUGUGGACAUGUACAAGGUCCAGCCUACGAAUGGGGUAUACUUUGGGCCAUACCUGAGAUAUGUCAAUAUGGAUAUUGAAAAGGGUUUAUGGCUUGGAAGCAUCAUGAUAGUCACGGAUUCACCUCAGCCACCAACGAUCCAUAUCCACAAGAGUGUUGACCUCUCCCCGAAUCCGAGACAACUGGUUUCUCGCUCGAUAUACACGCAUCAGAGAUGGCAGUUCCACAAGUAUGAUAUCGACCUUGAAAUGGGUGAUGGUGGAACGGACAGGUGGACGUAUGCAGUGACGUCGCACAUGGGCUGCACAAGAUACGAAUUUGUGGUAGCUGGAAAGCAGGAAAUCAACUGGCGCUUCAUUGGACACUCUGGCAAUGACUUUGCCGCAAGCACCUCCCAGAAUGAACGAAGCAAACUGGGUGGUGUAGGUUUCAUGUGGAAGGAUGUGCUUCAAAAGAACGUCGACUGUGGAGGUUAUCAUGCUCAGCUCGGCCUAGGUAACCAAAUCUACGGCGAUAGGUUAUGGAAAGAGGUUCCGGUUCUGAAGCAGUGGUUAGCUAUGCAGGGCAAGGAGAAUCGCAAAACUGCUCCAUGGACGGCGAGACACGAGGAGGAUGUGUCACAUGCUUACUUUCACUUCUACACGAGUCAUUUUGACCAGCCCUUCUUGCGAGAGGCAUGGGCUCAAAUCCCCCAUAUCUGCCAGAUUGACGAUCAUGAUAUUUUUGAUGGCUAUGGCUCUUACCCUGAUUAUAUGCAGAACUCAAACAUGUUCAAGAACAUUGGAAGGAUUGCUAUAGACAUGUACCUUCUCUUUCAACAUCACACUACACUGGAAGUGCUGAGAAAUGUCAACCAUGACCUCGAUCUUUUCACCAUCACAGGUCAGGGCUGGCACUUUGUCAAGUUUUUGGGACCAGCCGUUGUCCUGGUGGGAGCCGAUUUGCGAUCAGAGCGCACCCAUAACCGGGUGCUGGCUGGCCCAACGUAUCAAGGCCUGUUCCCAAAGGUUGCCCUCCUGCCUCCAAGUGUGCAACACUGUAUUUGGAUGUUGUCAGUACCAGUCGUGUAUCCCCGACUAGAUACGGUGGAAAGUCUGGCAAACACAUUUGCAACCGGCAAAAAGGCCGUCAACACUACGUAUAAUGUGCUGGGCAAGGUGACGAGUUCCGUUGCUGGUAUUGUCGGAGGUAAAGAAGUUGUCGCCCAGGGUUUCAACCAGGUCAAAAAGGCUGUUGGAAAGUCUGGUCUCAUGGGCAAUGUCGUUAACCAGUUUGGUGACCUUGAUAUUGGAGAGAUCCUCAGGGAUAUGUGGACACAUGACUCCAAGGAUCUUGAGCGAACAUAUCUGAUCCGCACUCUCCAAGGCAUCGCUCACCAAAAGGGCAUUCGUAUGACUUUCCUUUCUGGAGAUGUGAAUUGCGGUGGCGCUGGUCUCGUUCAUGACCCUACUCAUCCUAGUGAUCAUAAAACCAUGUACCAGAUCAUCACAUCGCCCAUUGUGGCAGCUCCCGCAUCUGGAUACAUCCUCAAGAUGCUUCACAGCAACAAAUCGUACUACGUGCCAGCCAACGGCCAGAAGUCGAACCAUGAGGUCUCGGAUACGAAAGAAGACAUGAUGGAGAUCUUUCACACGGACGCUUCUGGCUCACCUCGUGAGCUCAAGAAGCUCAUGGGCCGUAGGAACUUUGUUUCAUUCAUGGCGUAUGAUCCAGAGGCUAUUCCGGGCACGCAAUACAGCGCAAAUGUUGCCAAUGGCCAUUCUCAAGGGUUGAGCAAGUUGAGUCUGGCAGUCGACUACGUGGUACAGGGAGAUGGUGCUUUCACGACACCCACCAAAUAUGGGCCAGUGAUCAUACCACAUUUGGAGUUUGGACGAUGA